AUGCCGGCGGCAACUCCACAGCCGCCGGUCAAGCUUUCGCUUCCGCUGCAAUUUCAGCAGGAGAUCUAUCACCUCCUUCGUACGGAGGAUGUUCUUGUCAUCCUCGCUCGGGGACUUGGCCUUCUGAAGAUUGUGACGAACCUACUCCAUUCUUAUGAUGCGGCAGGCAACUCCCUCGUUAUAGUUGUCGGAGCCGACGACCGUGAAAAUGAAUGGAUAGGAGAAGCACUAGCGGAACACUACGCCGUGUCUCGGAGCCCUCUGGCGAAAGGCCUUCGCGUUAUAAACACUGAUAAAGCCACUGUGGCAGCGAGGGAGAAAAUUUACGCCGAAGGAGGAAUUGUCUCUGUCACUAGUCGUAUCCUUGUUGUGGAUCUUCUCUCCAAGUUGUUAGAUCCGGAAACCGUUACUGGCUUGGUUAUCCUCCAUGCAGAGCGCGCGGUCGCAACCAGCACCGAAGCAUUCAUUGUACGGUGCUUCAGGCAACAUAACAAAAUUGGAUUUCUGAAAGCGUUCAGUGACUCCCCCGAACCGCUGACUUCAUCAUAUGCCCCACUAGCGAGCUUGAUGCGGAAUUUAUUUCUGAAGAAACCCUCGCUGUGGCCAAGGUUCCAUGUUUCUAUUGCGCAGAGCCUCGAAGGCAAGAAGAAGGCAGAAGUUAUUGAGUUGGAGAUCGAGAUGACAGCUUCGAUGAAAGCAAUACAACAAGCGGUCAUGGAAUGCGUGGAGACGAGCAUUUCGGAAUUGAAAAAGGCCAAUUCGGGACUUGAGAUGGAUGAUUGGACACUAGAUUCUGCUUUACACCAAAAUUUUGACGCCAUUGUCCGAAGACAGCUCGACCCAGUGUGGCACCGAGUCAGCUGGCGAACGAAACAGAUCGCAAAUGACCUUACGGUUCUUCGGACGAUCCUACACUCUCUUCUCAGCUACGACUGUGUCUCGCUCCUCAAGUAUCUAGAUACUGUCCUUGCAACACAUUCCCCCCCUCCGAACUCUAAGCAGCAGGAUCAGUCACCUUGGCUGUUUAUGGAUGCUGCUUCAAUCAUAUUUAACUCGGCAAGGGACCGAGUCUAUACUGGCAAAGUCGACGACAGUGGCGUUCUACCCACAUCUAAGUUACCAGAUUCCCUUGUUCCUGUCCUCGAGGAGCAACCGAAGUGGGCUGUACUUGCGGAAAUCCUUCAGGAGAUUGAGACUGAUGCGUACCUAAAUCCGGUGAGGAGUGACUCGAAUGAUACGGUGUUAGUGAUGUGCAACGACCAAGGAACCUGCCGUCAAAUUCGAGAAUAUCUUCAGUCUAUGCACGUGAAACCUCUGUCUAGAGACCUGAACAACGGACAAGCUCCUCAUGAGGUGGAGGAACAAGAAGCCAAGGGCUCCGCAGAAUUUAUGCUAAGACGCAAACUUCGAGAAUACCUUGGGUGGAGAAAAACAUUCGCUCAAGUCAGCGCAUCACUGUUUGAGGAGAACCAGAAGUCUCUAAAUGAUAUUAAGGGGAACAGCACAGCAUCUGCUCGACUCGGUAACAAAGCACCUGCCAACAAACGCAGACGUGUGAGAGGUGGAGGUGCCUCGGGUCUUAACCCAUCCCGUACAGCCAACGGUGCGGUGGCUUUAGUUGAGGACAAGGCAGCACAAGUAGCCAGUCUGCUGGCAGAGCUACGUCCUUCAGAGACUGAAACGUUCCAAAAGGAGGAUUUGGUGAUUGAUGAUCUCAAUGGAGCCGGAGAAGACUUCUUCGAGCUGUACAGUCCGGAGGAUCAAGUGGUAGUUCAUCCGUACGACGGCGACCAAGAUGAUCAACUCCUUGAAGAAAUUAGACCGAAAUACAUCAUCAUGUACUCGCCAUCGGCGGACUUUAUCAGGAGAGUCGAGGUUUACCGAUCAAGCCACUCGGACCGCAGUGUACGAGUUUACUUCCUUUACUAUGGUAACAGCAUUGAAGAGCAGCGAUACCUGUCUGCAGUUCGUCGAGAGAAAGAUGCUUUCACGAAGCUUAUCAAGGAGCGAGGUAAUAUGGCAGUCACACUCACGGAUGCUGGAAAUCUGGACCCCGAAGAAGCCUUUUUGCGGACGGUCAACACUCGAAUCGCCGGUGGCGGAAGACUUGCAGCCACGGCUGCACCUCCGAGAGUGGUGGUGGACGUUCGCGAAUUCCGCUCAUCUCUUCCAAGUUUACUCCACGGUCGGAGUAUGCAAGUUGUUCCAUGUCAGCUAACAGUCGGCGACUAUGUACUGUCACCAGAUAUCUGUGUCGAGCGGAAGUCGAUACGAGAUCUAAUCGCUUCUUUCAAGAACGGACGACUGUUCAACCAAGCGGAAACAAUGCUCCAGUAUUACAAAUACCCAUUCCUACUCAUCGAAUUUGAGCAAAAUAAAUCUUUUACCCUAGAUCCAUUUGCAGACCUGACCUCGGCGCUCAAGGCGCCGGACGCAGAGACCAGGGAUUUGCAAACGAAAUUGGUUCUUCUCACGCUUGCCUUUCCGAGGCUCAAGGUCAUUUGGGCAUCCUCACCUUACCAAACGGCGGAAAUUUUCGAAGAACUCAAGAAACAGCAAGAAGAGCCAGAUCCAUUGCGAGCAGUGCAGAUUGGCUUAGACGAGAAUGAGGAUCCAGAAGAGAGAACAUUCAAUACCGGGCCGCAAGACCUCUUACGGACGAUUCCUGGAGUGACAGCAAAGAACGCAAGUCGUCUAUACCUUGAAUGUAAAAACGUGUUGGAAGUUGCCAACAUCAGCCUCGAAGAACUUGAUCCACUUGUGGGCAAGGAGUCGGGUCGACAGAUCGUCAGGUUCUUUACUCGAAGGGUUGGUGACGAGGAAGAUCAGUCAAUGUAA